AUGCCAAAUCACUCACUCCCUCGCUGGAAGCGGCAGAAUCAGCCACAGAGACCCACGAUCUUCACGGCAACUAAUGCAGCCCUUGUUGCGAUCCUGAUCUCCGUCUACUUUGGUUUUGUAGCAUGGCUCGAAGUUUCGCAGGACUCGAACGUCGAUAAAGGAAUGUGGCUCAACCAUCGCUUGGAGCAACUCUUCCACGGUCGAAAUCGCCAACUUCACGUCUUGGUGCCAGCGACGCAGUCAACGAAGUACCUCUGCCAGAAUCUGGCGACCGCUAUCGUGAACCGAUACCCUCCCCCGACAUUCUUGAAAUGGGGCGAGGACUUUCCAGACAAAGAUGGAUUCAUGUUCAAGGUCAGCAAAACGCUCGAAUACCUCGACCGUCUACCGGCAGCCGCAGAACAGAGAGGUGACUUGGUCCUGUUGGUCGACGGGUAUGACCUUUGGUUCAUGUUGCCGCCAGAAGUUCUGCUACAAAACUACUUUGCAGCGUUGGACGAAACGAACCGAGAACUGUCUCGCCGAGGCAUCCUAGGGAUCAGAGUCGAGGGAAAGUCUGUCAGAAACUCGGUUAUGUUCAGCGCAGAUCAUCCUUGUUGGCCUUCAUACGCCGAUGGGACGCCGGCUUGCAGCCUGGUACCAUUACCGCCAGAGUUGGAUGAGGCGUCGAAGAUGAGAGAGGCUAAGCUCGGGCUUGAAUGGAAAGAGAGGCGAUAUCUGAAUUCUGGCACCAUCAUUGGGCCUAUCGCGGAGAUCAAGGCGAUGAUGAAAGCAGCGAUGGUGAUGUACAGAGAAGCGUACGAUGAGGACAACGAGCUGCACUUCAACGAUCAGCUCGUCCUGUCUGAUCUAUGGGGCGAGCAGGAACGACGCAGAGUUGAUCUUGUGAAUGCAGUCAACGGGCCUGCGAAGAAGCUCAAUCCGAGCAUUGGUCUUUCAGCAGACAUUCGUGCCGAGCUGGCAGAUCCAGACUUUCCACCUCGAAAAGUCGCCGAGCAACAUGGCUCGCCAGAAUUCGGUAUCACACUCGACUACGUGACGAAUCUGGCUCAGAUCGUUUCACCUGGCGGCAUCGACUUGGCCUGGGUCCGCGCGAACCAUGCUUCGUUAUCGCUCCCUGUAGCGCUGCAGAACAGCAGACCAUUUCAGCGACUAGCAAAGAAGCAAGACCAUCUCUCGAAAGUUGGAUGGGGGGACGUGUCACUCGGUCUCAACGUAAUCAACAAUCAGUUCUUCACUCUUUGGCAUGCUGCCGGCGAGAAACAAUUGCGAGACACGUGGUGGCCUCGACUUUGGUUCCACCCGUACGGUCUUGAAGUUAUCCAGGCUGCUACGCCAAAUGAGCCCAUCGGUACAAUCAGAGGAGCGCAGUGGACAGCUGCCACGCCAUUCGGCGGGCUUUCAAAGGGCGCUGGAGCAGGUGCCUGGAGCGACAAAGGAGAAUGGUUGUCUUGGGAUAAGGUUUGUAGGAGCUUUGAGAAUCUCCUAUUUAACGUGUCGGCGGAAACAGCGGUAUAG